AAAGGGCGGCGCCGCCAUGUCCAUGACGUCGGCAGUUACGUGCAACCGCUGCCGGCAAGCUACCCUAUCACUAUUAACCUUCAUCGAUCGAACGGUUCGCUGUCCAUCCUCAGCUCAGUCCGGCAAUGGGUUGGAGAGGGAUUCUAGGAUUCGAGUAUGGAAUCAUCCAGGGCCCUCUUGGCCCCGACAUUUCGGGCCCCGAACUCGUUUCUUCCGUAGCCAACGCUGGCGCCAUUGGUACUCUUCGAGUUCCCGACUGGGAGGCGCCCGAUUAUGUUAGGGAUCUGAUUCGUAAAACAAGAACAUUGACAGACAGACCAUUUGGAAUAGGUGUCGUUCUGGCAUUCCCCCACAUGGAAAAUAUCAAGGUUAUAUUAGAGGAGAAGGUUGCCGUGUUGGUGGUGUCUUGGGGUGAGUACCCUAGGGAACUUGUUUCUGAGGCUCAUAAUGCAGGGGUCAAGGUCAUUCACCAAGUUGGCUGUGUAGAGGAUGCACGCAAAGCUAUUGAUGCUGGUGUAGAUGCCGUUAUUGUUCAAAGUCGUGACGCAGGGGGACAUGUUCUUGGCCAGGAGGGAUUAAUUUCACUUAUACCGAGAAUAACCGACUUGGCAGCCAAUCGGAAUAUCCAAGUCAUUGCUGCAGGGGGUGUAGUAGAUGCUCGUGGUUAUGUUGCAGCACUUGCCCUUGGAGCUCAUGGUGUUUGUCUUGGAACUAGGUUUGUUGCCACAAUUGAAAGCUUUGCUCAUACUUUGUACAAAAAAAAACUUGUUGAGUAUGAGAAAACCGAGUACACUAAUGUAUUUGGACGUUCAAGGUGGCCCAAUGCGCCUCACCGUGUAUUAGAGACACCUUUUUUCAAUGAGUGUAGGCAUCUACCUGAUAACGAGAAUGAGGAGAACCAGCCAAUUAUAGGCCAUUCUACAAUCCACGGGAAGCUGAAAGAAAUACGACUUCUUGCCGGCACUGUUCCGAAUGCGACCACAACUGGGGACAUAGAAAGCAUGGUAAUGUAUGCUGGUGCUGGAGUGAUGCUUAUUAAGGAGAUUCUUCCAGCUGCUGAGGUGAUUCAGAGGCUUGUUCUAGAAGCACAACAGCUUAUCGCAAACAUUUCUCUUGGUAACUGAUUGACAACUUAUUUGAGUUUUUUACUUGUGAUACUUUUCUCUCCUUUAAUAACGCCAUUUUAGGCUUGAAUAAUUGAGCUUAGUUUGGAUAUUGCAUUCUUUGAUUCUCCUGAGAAUUAAUUAAGGCUCAAAAGUUCAUUUGUAAACACUUCCUGUGAAAUUUACGUUAUUAAUGUGGCUCUCUGUUGAAUGAACAUAUUAAUGGAAGUUGGAACGUCACUAGCAUGUUCUAAUUGAGCAGCUAAAAUGAUUA